GCACGCAGACCUGUGGCUUUAAGUGUUAUGAUUUUCGAAAUGAACGUAUAUAUGCAAAAUUCGAGAUUCUGUGAAAACUACCUCAAAAUGCCCCUGGCCUGGUGUUUGUACUUUCAUUCUCGGAUGCACGUGCACGAUAUGGUAGGACCAUGACAAAUCAAAGUGUUGUAGAGAUUAACACUAGUGUGGAAAUCAACACUACGAGUGUUCACGAUGGCAAUCUUCUACACUGUGUUGAAAAGGAAAGUCUCAUUUUGAUCAUGGCGGUGGUGAUUUGGGUUUUGGGGGUGAUAGGAAACACUGUGACCUUCUUCAAGAUCGUACUCAACAAACGGCUACGGCGCCCCGUGUCUGUCUCCAUAGCCUGCCUGACUGUCGCAGACUUCUGCAGUCUGUGUAUGCAGUUUAUACGGAUACCCAUAUCCCAAUGCUUUUUUCUCACAGGUAUCGGCGUCAAAAUGAUUGUCCUUGACAUCACGGCGGUUGCCAUCCAUUCUUCAACCAUGCACAUUGUUAUUCUCGCUGCCAUUCGAUAUUGUCUGAUCGUGUACCCAUUCCAUACAAAAUGGCGCCUCACUUCCGGGAAAGUCAUAGCAAGUUCCGGUGUUUCUUGGGCCAUUAGCGUCUGUUUGGGAAUAUCUUACGGAAUAUAUAACCGGAAAUACUACAACAAGACAAUAGACAAACAAACCGACGCCAUUGUCCAGCUUUUUAUCGGAUUAUAUGUUCUGUUGGUACCGGUGACGUUUUUUGUGAUUUUCUACAUCAAAGAAUUACGAACCAUGAAAAAAUCUCUUCUUCCAAAACGCACAUCGAAAUCAAUCAUAAGCAUCUCCAAGAUGAUAUCGAUAAUUCUAAUUCUCUACUGUGUGUUCAUUUUGCCGUACGUCGUCGCCGAUUUAUGUCGCGUUCUGUACUUCCAUAAUGUAUUCGGCGACUCUGGAGACUCGACAGUGUAUCAAUCUGUAGUCAUUCCAAUCUACUCCGUGGCACAGAUUACAAUUUUAUUGAACUACACUGUGAAUCCCUUCAUCUACUUCCUGUUCUCAAGGAUGAUCUUCCGGGUCCGGUCUUGGCCUUUCCGGAGCAAACUAUCAUAUCGACCGCGCAAGCGCCGGGAACAGAAUGGCAUUUAAACAAAGACUGAUAAAAGAGUAUAUAGUUUGUCUUUAAAAUUAAGAAACUGUGCAUGAUUUCGAACCUCCUACAAGAGAGAUAACUCUUUGUCCAACAUUUUCAAAUUUGCACCGCAAUAAAUACGGAAAUAUGUGCAUUUUAAUUAUGAUUAAUA